AUGAUCGGCCAAUCUUUCACCAAUGCAUUGUCACCAGCUAUAGAACAACUAAAACAGAUGCCAGAUCCUACUAAAUCAGCAUCAUUAGAACCACUGCCAUCAAUGGGUUCCUCUCCAGAAAAUUUGCCAGGUGGUGCUUUAAUUGGAUUGGCUCGAGCAUUUCUUGGCAGCGGAGAUGCAGCUCAUCAACCGCAACAGCCAACUGCAUUUGGUGUCAAGCAGGUAGAAUAUGAGAAAGAUCCAAUUCCGACUCUAAAAGACAUUGCACCAGUUGCACGAAACAACUUUGGGAUGCCAAUGGGAAAAAAAACUUGGGAUACGUGGGGAGGACAGAUCAGCAAUGUUCUGCUAGGCGGAAAAGUCGAUUUUCUACAAGCAGCACGCGAGACUUGCAAACGAGGAGCUGAGAGAACACAGUGUGGUCAGUUAAGAAAGGCGAUAAGUGAAUGUGAUAUAAUGGGAUCUGUGCAAAUUGCCCUCGAGCUGCAAAGAGCUAUGCAAAGAUGUGAAGAGGUUUCUGGUAUCAUAGAUCAGAAUCCGAUGCAAGUACUUGACCAAGUAAACGGAGUUAUUGGCAGUGAAGUUGCACAAGGAUUUUUGCAUAAAUUUUUGGGCUAA